GCGGCCGCGCGCGCGCGUCUGUGGGUGCCGCGGCGGCGGCGCUGGAAAUGGCAGUUGCCGGGCGGCUGGCGUAGCGAGCGGCUGCUGCUGGCGCUGGGGGCUGCUCUGGCCCGGGACGGGAUGGGGGCGCGAGAGCUCGGGGGCCGAGGCGGCUGCUGCUACUGAGCGCGCGGGGCAGUUCCAAAUUCCCUCUAUAUCUCCACCCAAGCCUUCCACUGCCCACUGAGAAGUCAAGAAAUAUACCUGUUACACAUGAGAUCAUCUUCAAAAUCUGAGGAAGCCAUCAGUAAAAGCACAGAAUUUUAUUUUAAGGUUUAAAAUAAAAUUUGCCUAUGAUCCUAAAAAGCUGAAAUGGGGGCUGUCUUUCUUCAGGCCCCUUGGUUAUGAAUGUGCUUCAGUUUUAUAAUGCCUCCUGCUAUGGCAGACAUCCUUGACUUUUGGGGCGUGGAUUCUCAGAUAGCAUCAGAUGGCUCCAUUCCUGUGGAUUUUUUAUUGCCCACUGGGAUCUAUAUCCAAUUGGAAGUACCUCGGGAGGCCACUAUUUCUAAUAUUAAACAGAUGCUAUGGAAGCAAGCUCACAACUAUCCUAUGUUUAACCUUCUUAUGGAAAUUGAAGCUUAUAUGUUUGCAUGUGUGAACCAGACUGCUGUUUAUGAGGAGCUUGAAGAUGAAACAAGAAGACUUUGUGAUAUCAGACCUUUUCUUUCAGUUCUCAAAGUGGUGACAAGAAAUUGUGACCCAGGGGAAAAAUUAGAUUCCAAAAUUGGAGUUCUUAUAGGAAAAGGUCUUCAUGAGUUUGAUGCCCUAGAAGAUCCCGAAGUGAAUGAGUUCCGAAGUAAAAUGCGCCAGUUCAGUGAAGAAAAGAUCCAGUCCCUUGUGGGGUUGUCUUGGAUGGAUUGGUUAAAGCAUACUUACCCACCAGAACAAGAACCUUCUAUUCCUGAAAACUUGGAAGAUAAACUUUAUGGUGGAAAUCUUGUGGUAGCUGUCCAUUUUGAAAAUUGUCAGGAUGUAUUUAGUUUCCAAGUAUCUCCUAAUAUGAAUCCCAUCAAGCUAAAUGAGUUAGCAAUCCGAAAACGGUUGACUAUCCGUGGAAAGGAAGAUGAAGUUGAUCCUUAUGACUAUGUGCUACAAGUCAGUGGGAGACUAGAAUAUGUGUUUGGUGAUCACCCAUUAAUUCAGUUCCAGUAUAUACGGAACUGUGUCAUGAAUAGAACUCUUCCCAAACUCACUCUUGUUGAAUGUUGCAAUAUCAAGAAGAUGUGUGAACAGGAAAUGAUUGCCAUAGAAGCUGCCAUAAAUCGAAAUUCAUCCAACCUUCCUCUUCCACUGCCACCAAAAAAAACACGAUUAAUUUCUAAUGUUUGGGAGAAUACCCAGCCUUUCCAAAUUAUAUUGGUUAAGGGGACUAAACUGAACACAGAAGAAACUGUCAAAGUUCAUGUCAGGGCUGGACUUUUUCAUGGAACUGAACUUCUUUGCAAACCGGUUGUAAGCUCAGAGAUAUCUGGGAGAAAUGACCGUGUUUGGAGUGAACCACUGGAAUUUGAUAUUAACAUCUGUGAUUUACCAAGAAUGGCUCGGUUAUGCUUUGCAGUUUAUGCUGUAGAUAAAGUGAAAACAAAAAAGUCGACCAAGACAAUUAAUCCCUCCAAAUAUCAGACUAUCAGGAAAGCUGGAAAAGUGCACUAUCCUGUAGCAUGGGUAAAUACCAUGGUGUUUGACUUUAAAGGACAGCUGAAAGCUGGAGAUAUCAUAUUGCACAGCUGGUCAUCAUUUCCUGAUGAGCUUGAAGAAAUGUUGAAUCCAAUGGGAACUGUUCAAACAAAUCCAUAUAUUGAAAAUGCAACAGCUUUACAUGUUAAAUUCCCUGAGAAUAAAAAGCAGCCUUAUUAUUACCCUCCCUUUGAUAAGAUUAUUGAGAAGGCAGCUGAGAUUGCAAGUAGUGACAGUGGUAACGUAUCAAGUCGAGGUGGAAAAAAAUUUCAUGCUGUGCUCAAAGAAAUCAUGGAGAGGGAUCCCUUAUCCCAACUGUGUGAAAAUGAAAUGGAUCUUAUUUGGACUUUGAGACAAGACUGUAGAGAAAAUUUUCCACAGUCAUUGCCAAAAUUGCUGCUGUCUGUCAAAUGGAAUAAACUUGAAGAUGUUGCUCAGCUACAGGCUCUUCUUCAGAUAUGGCCUAAACUGCCUCCUAGAGAAGCAUUGGAAUUAUUAGACUUUAAUUAUCCAGACCAGUAUGUAAGAGAGUAUGCAGUGAGCUGCUUGAAACAAAUGAGUGACGAAGAACUAUCUCAGUACCUCCUACAACUUGUACAAGUUUUGAAAUACGAACCUUUUCUUGAUUGUGCCCUAUCUAGAUUCAUGUUAGACAGAGCACUUGCUAAUAGGAGGAUAGGGCAGUUUCUAUUUUGGCAUCUUAGGUCAGAAGUACACAUUCCUGCCUUUUCAGUACAAUUUGGUGUAAUACUUGAAGCUUACUGUCGAGGAAGUGUGGGCUAUAUGAAAGUGCUUUCUAAACAGGUUGAAGCUCUAAAUAAGCUGAAGACCUUAAAUAGUUUAAUAAAAUUGAACGCAGUAAAAUUAAACAAAGCAAAAGGAAGAGAGGCAAUGCACACAUGCUUAAAACAAAAUGCUUACCGAGAAGCCCUUUCUGAUCUUCCGUCACCUUUGAAUCCUUGUGUCAUACUCUCAGAACUUUAUGUUGAGAAGUGCAAGUACAUGGAUUCUAAAAUGAAGCCUCUGAGAAUAGUAUACAACAACAAAGUAUUUGGAGGAGAUCCAGUGGGUAUCAUUUUCAAAAAUGGGGAUGAUCUACGGCAAGAUAUGUUGACUCUCCAAAUGUUGCGGUUGAUGGAUUUACUUUGGAAAGAGGCUGGAUUGGAUCUCCGAAUGCUGCCGUAUGGUUGUUUAGCAACAGGAGACCGCUCUGGCCUUAUAGAAGUUGUUAGUACAUCUGAAACAAUUGCCGAUAUCCAGCUAAAUAGUAGUAAUGUUGCUGCUACAGCUGCCUUCAAUAAAGAUGCUCUUCUAAAUUGGCUUAAAGAAUACAAUUCUGGGGAUGACUUAGAUCAAGCCAUUGAAGAGUUCACACUCUCCUGUGCUGGCUACUGUGUAGCUUCUUAUGUCCUGGGGAUCGGUGAUAGACACAGUGACAACAUCAUGGUCAGGAAAACUGGACAGCUCUUCCACAUCGAUUUUGGACAUAUUCUUGGAAACUUCAAGUCUAAAUUUGGCAUUAAACGGGAACGAGUGCCUUUCAUUCUUACCUAUGAUUUCAUUCAUGUCAUUCAGCAAGGAAAAACAGGAAACACAGAAAAGUUUAACCGGUUCCGUAAGUGUUGUGAAGAGGCUUACCUGAUUUUACGAAGGCAUGGGAAUCUCUUUAUCACUCUGUUUGCCCUGAUGUUGACUGCAGGGCUUCCUGAGCUCACCUCAGUUAAGGAUAUACAGUAUCUUAAGGACUCUUUGGCCUUGGGGAAGAGUGAGGAAGAAGCACUAAAGCAGUUUAAGCAGAAAUUUGAUGAGGCGCUCAGGGAGAGUUGGACUACUAAAGUAAACUGGAUGGCGCACACCAUGAGGAAAGAUUACCGGUCUUAACGAGCGCCAGCUUCUGCUGCACGUGUUUUUUGUUGUUCUUUUGCUGUUGUUACUGAUUUGGUUUGGUUUGUUUAGUUUGGCUUUCAUUUCAUAUUUGCACUAAAAAAGACAGGUGAACACUGCCCUGACAAUAAAUUAUUGAUAAAAACAAAAGGGAACAAAAUCCUGGAACACCAAGUUUAAAAGGAAAAAAAAUGACCCAACCUAACCCGAAUGAUCCUUGAUGAUUGCACUCUACUUCUGACUGAUUGACAAAGACCCAACACAAGAUCUGCCAACAUCAGGAUAAUCACUUCUUGCUGACUUUGCACGCAGAAAGCUACUAGAUGUUUUCUUCUUUUAAAAAGUUUGGUACUUUUAAGCAGUGAUGUAAAUAUUCAUUUUCUGUGUUGUGACAAAGUAUUCUAACUCAGCCAAGGACUUUACACACAUCAGUUAUGGGACCAGUGGCUAGUUACAUUCAGAAUGGGACUUAAAAAGAAGGGUGUCUUUGUGCAAACUAAAGAUUAUGAUGUAUUUUUUUUUAAUCAAACCUGUGGAAACCUGUUGAUUUUUCUUGUUGAUGUUUCUAUCCCAUGGUAUCAUUCCAUCAGGACUUGCUGAAAAUCUAAUGGUGUGGCAAAUAUGACAUGUUUGUGGGUGUAUGUGUGCUUCAUAUGUACACACAAAUAUAUGUGUAUAUACAUGUGUGUUCGCAUGCACAAGUGCAUGCACCCACGUGUGUGAGAGAGAGAGAGUGUGUGUGUGUGUGUGUGUGUGUGUGUGUGUGUGUGUGUAAAACGUAAAUAUUUCAGAUAUGUUGCCUUUGGUUUUCUUCAGCCUGGGGUUUUUGUUUUUGCCAAAAGUAGGGCUUUUUUUCUUCACGUUCCUUUCUGGUAACUAACUUCCUGAUCCAGUUCUUCCAGCCACUUCCCUAAAGAAGCAUAUGUUGACACAGGAUCUAUGUACUGUAUGUGUAUGGAAGAGUGAGCUACAUGGGGGAUAAUACUUGAGCAACUGUACCAAAAAAUAAAGCCAACAAAAGACAAGGAAACUAUUUAUGAAAUAAAUUCCCAACCUGAAAUUCAGUAUUUUUUGAAAAAUGCCAAUGAACAGUCUCAGACCUGUUCUUACUGUAUUUAUUAAAACUUCUAACAACAUGAAUUUUUUUUGCACAAUGUAUGUUCAGCUUUUAGUAGUUACAUAAUAAAUUGGAUUUUUAAAAAAGUUA